AACAUGGCGGACGACGUCAAAUCAAAGUUCACUGUUCACAUACGCAUUCAUUUGUUAUUUAAAUUGUAAAUAGCUGUCAGACCGGCCAGUACGCGACAGAUCGUGCUCCAAGGAGGUUGAAUACGUGUUUUUUAUUUUAUUUUUAAAAAUGCAUCGGUUGACAGUGUUUGGGUUAUUGUUGGCGUUUAUUGGGAGUGCAAUUGGUCAUACUUACCAUUUAGGAGCAUGCCCUAUCGUGGAACCUAUGUCUGGUUUUGAUAUGAACAAGAUGCUCGGUUUGUGGUACGUGGCACAGAAGACAUCGACUGCGUCCCACUGCAUCACGUAUAAUUUCACGAGGACGCCCGAGCCAGGGACGUUCGAGUUAGAACAGGUCUCACAGCAUUUCAUCUUGGGAUUGACACCACUUGACCAUGACUACAGAUAUAAAGGAGUUCUUACUGUACCUGACCCAGCUGUGCCGGCCAGAAUGAAAGUGCGCUUUCCUUUAAGCGUCGCUGGAUCAGCAAGUUAUACAAUUCUAGCGACUGACUAUGAUCAGUACGCGGCUAUAUUCACUUGCCAGAAGUUAGCGUUCGCCCACAGACGUUCCGCCACCAUACUCUCUCGCACCAAGGAGCUCGAUAAGAUAUUUAUUGAUAAGAUGCGUUUGAAGCUGGCAUCUUUCGGUGUGGACCCGUACGAUCUGUCGAUCAUUUCGCAGUCGAACUGCCCGGGCCGGCCCAACGGCGCUACAGAAGGCGUCGACAUCAACAUCAACCCAAACACAUUCUCUACGCACAACAUCGGGGAAGUUGUGAGGAAGACCGGCGGAGUUAUUGCCGAUGGUGUGGAAUACGUAGUGGAAGCUGGCAAGAAAGUGUACCACAAAGUGACCGACAGCAAGGAAGAUCUCACUGAGACGCCAAACACACAUUUGGCUUCCCCAAACAGACUUUCCGCAAAACCCGAUGACGACGCAGAAUGGUUGCCAUAGAAAAUCACAUUUUUGACUGAAAUAUUUGUAACUAUUUCUAAAGUUAUUGUAAUGCCAUUAGCCAUUAGCCUUUAAGAAUCAUAGACAAUGUUUUCCCGCUUAUUUUGACAGCUGUCACUGUUAUAAGACAAUAAUACUCCGUAGAAUAUUUGUAAGUCAAAUAAAUGCAUUUUUACAUUAUAAAUUUGAGUUUUAGUAAUUUUUUAUUUAAAUAAAUCGAC